AUGUUAAAGAGAAAGAAAGAGACGCCUGAGGGGAACUCGGAAUCCAGGACAAUCAAGUACCAAAGGUCAAAUGGAACUUCGACAACGACUGAGAAUUCGAAUGAAAUUGACGGAAAAGACGAGAAGAAGAAGGCGAGGCUGAUAAGGAACCGGGAGAGCGCACAACUUUCACGACAGAGGAAGAAACAUUAUGUCGAGGAGUUAGAGGAUAAGGUCAGGGCAAUGCAUUCAACUAUCCAAGAUUUGAAUGCUAGAAUAACUUACUUUGCAGCAGAGAACGCAACUUUAAGGCAACAAAUGGUUGCCGGCGGUGGUGGUGUUGUAUGCCCGCCUCCUGUAAUGUACCCACCACACCCUGGAAUGCCGCCUAUGGGAUAUCCUUGGAUGCCAUGUCCACCUUAUGUAGUCAAAUCACAGGGUUCUCAGGUACCAUUAGUUCCAAUUCCCAGAUUGAAACCCCAACAACCUACAUCCUCACAGAAAUCCAAGAAGGUUGAAGUGAAGAAAACGGAAGCUACAAACCAAAACAAAAACCAAAACCAAAAAGAUGGUGGCUUUUCUGGUGUAUCUAAAGAUUAUAUGUUCUACGGACAACAGCAGCAACCAGGGAGGGUGUUGAUGGGUGAUGAUCAUGUUAAUGGAACUAACCAUAGAACAGGUAUAAGUAGUGGAAGAGCACACGAGCAUAACGCCAGUGAGCCUCUCGUUGCAUCUCUUUAUGUCCCAAGAAACGAUAAGCUUGUGAAAAUCGAUGGGAAUUUGAUAAUCCAUUCUGUUCUAGCAAGUGAGAAAGCCAUGGCUUCAAUGGAAGAACAAGGAAUGACUAAAAAGGAGGAUACUGGUUUGGCAGUUGCUCUAGAUUUAGUCCCUGCUAUCUCCAUUCCAACAGUGGGAAGAAACAGUGGAAGACAACCCCAUAUUUACAGGUCUUCAAGUGAUCAUCAAAGGGUUCUCUCAUCAGACAAAGAGAAGUUGAAGUCAAAACAUGCUGAUGGAAAACUGCAACAAUGGUUUCGUGAAGGUCUUGCUGGGCCUAUGUUAAGUUCUGGUAUGUGCACAGAAGUAUUUCAGUUUGAUGUCUCGGUGGCUUCUGCUUCCGGAGCUUUAGUUCCGGCGACAUCCACUGCCAACAUCACCGCCGAAGACCGCCAUAACUCCACCUACAUCACCACCGUGAAAAACCGGCGGAUCCUCCACAGCCUCCCAAUUCCCCUUUCGGCAACCACCACCACCACCAACAUCACAAAAGAACAAGUGGCGGGUAACAGCUCAAAGCAUGAAGAACAUCACAAAAACAAUUCGGUUUCAUCGAUGGUGGUUUCGGUGUUGUUUGACCCUCGAGAGGGCGGCGAUGGUGGUGGUGAUGUGGAGGGGAUGAUGGGUGGGCCCAAGUCGUUUUCGAGGAUAUUUGUUGUUGUUUUAUUAGACAGUGUUAAGUAUGUGACCUACUCUUGCAUGCUUCCACUUAAGGGAGCUAGUCAUUUAGUAACAGCAUAAGGGCUUUUUGUAGAUAGAGUAAGAGUAGAAGGAAGACUUAUGGUUUGUGAACUGAACUUAUAUCAUGCCCUAGGAAGGCAUCUAAAUCUAAUUAACAAAAAUCUAAUAAUGUUUUCUUUGCUUGUUUUUGUUGCAAACUGUUAUUAGAUAGAAGAAGUAAUUGAUUUAAAAUGGGAUGUAUGUAUUUUCGUGAAGAAUUGGAUAUUCUUGGUUUGGGUUGGUAUCAGAAUCAAUUAGAUGAAGUUGUAACAAGAAAAAGG